AUGAAGGCAUUUCAGACCAUCUGCAGGCAGUUGACACGUUCAAAGGGGUUUUCUGUAGAACCAGCCCCUCGUGUGGGUUUCUCCACUUCCUGUUAUUCAUGUGGCCGAAAGAAAACAGUGAAUCCUUAUGAAAAAGUGGACCAAGAAAAGUACUCUGAUUUAGUGCGGUCUGUCUUGUCAUUCAAAGGUCACUGUCAGACUCCAGAAUCGUUGUUCGAGGAAGAUACUUUACUCUAUGGACCUGUGAGUAAGUGUAAGCCCCCAAAGCAGGGUGAGGAAGCAAGAGUUCCACAAAACUGGUUUCCUCUCUUCAACCCAGAGAGAGGGGUAAAACCAAAUGCGACAAGUGAUGCUACAAUUCCUUUGAAAGUCCCUCUGCAAAGGAAUAUGAUACCAAGUGUGACCCGGAUCCUUCAGCAGACCAUGACAUCGGACCAGGUUUUCUAUUUGGAGAGGUGGAAACAGCGGAUGAUUCUAGAACUGGGAGAGGAUGGCUUUGCAGAAUAUACUUCAAACAUAUUUUUACAAGGGAAACGAUUCCAUAAAGCCUUGGAAAGCAUACUUUCACCCCAGGGAAACUUAAAAGGCAGAGAUGAAAAUCUUGAAUCUGGCUACAUCGAAAGUGUCCAGCAUAUUCUGAAAGAUGUCAGUGCAGUGCGAGCUCUGGAAAGCGCCAUUCAACAUGAGGCCUUAAAGUAUGGAGGUCUGCUGGACUGUGUGGCUGAGUAUCAGGGCAAGCUGUGUGUGAUUGAGUGGAAGACAUCGGAGAAACCAAAACCUUUUAUCCGAAAUACAUUUGACAACCCGCUGCAAGUUGUGGCAUACAUUGGUGCCAUAAACCAUGAUGCCAACUAUAGCUUUCAGGUUCAGUGUGGCUUAAUUGUGGUAGCCUACAAAGAUGGAUCCCCUGCCCACCCACAUUUCAUGGAUGCUGAGCUCUGUUCCCAGUACUGGGCAAAGUGGCUUCUUCGACUAGAAGAAUAUGCAAAGAAGGAAAAGAACCAGAAUAUUCAGAAACCAGAUUAGGGGGCAGGAUGCUGUUUGAGAACAUUCAGCCCUUUCCCACAGUUUGGGAAGGUAUAUCGCUGUUUACUAUGAUCUAAAAAUGGAGAUGCUACAGGAUCUGAGAGCUACAUUAACACAAGUGGAAAUAUUAAUUGUUGAAAUUCAUUGCAUCCAAAAAGAUUGAAAAGCCAAAAAAGUUUAGAUUUAAAGAGCUGGACUUCAGCACAUAAAACACCAACUAUGAUACCUCUGACUAUUAUUUACCUGAAGAAAGGGCAAGCAGGAUUGGCACAGCGUGGGUGGCUCUUGGACUUUCUGUAGACCAUUCUGGGUCCCUGGCAGGACGCACAGUCUCUGAAUUGAGAUUGGAGGGCAGUGAGGCUUGGUGUGCCAAGCACUUCCCCAGGGUACACCAGAAGGGAAGGGGCCUUGCAACCCCAGGGUGUGUGUGGAGGGAGAACUCCCAUCAGCCAACUACCACUGCCAGUGCAGUUUCAUAAAACGUGUUUUAUAUAUUGGGGUUUUCUAUAUAUUUCAUUUGGGGAAAAAAUUUUCAUUCAACAUUUUUGAAAAAUAAAUGUGUCAUUCCUUAGACUCAAGUAAACAUUGCUGUCUAGAAAGAUGGAAGGUAUUCACCAUGUUGUUGGCAAUACCCCAUGGCGUACCACCAAAUAAUCCCCAGAAGUAGCCAGACCCCAAUCUGAAAAUCAUAAUUAUAGGUAUUUUAGUAGCUAUAUUCUGGUUUGAGUCAAUGAAUCAUGAAAAUAGAGAAAAUGUAUUGUUUGUAGAAUUUUUCAACUAUGGAGGACAAUAAUAAAAUCUAUUAAUUUUUUUUUUGUUUGAUAGGUAAUAAAAAUUAUUAGUUGUUACUGGGUUUGGAAAACUUAAAUGCCCACUAUAGCCUUGUUGGGGGGGGGUCCCUGUUUUAUGGAGUGGGUUAGCAUUUAAG